UCAGCCCCCUUCAGUUUGCUUGACAAUCUAGUGUGACUGGGGCGAGUAGGCGGGCACAUCCUUUUACAUGCUAAUAUUGCCCCACCUCCUUCGAACCCUCCUCAGAGCGCCUCGCUUUCUUUUAUUUUGAUUUAUUUAUUUACAUUUAUAUUUAUUUUACCUUCUUCAAUUUCCGUAUAGUGGGGAACCCUUCUGUGCUCUCUGUCCCUUCCCCCACUCCUCGUUCCCCUGGGAAGACAGACCCCGAGACGCACAGUACUUGCGGGCAGCGGUGUUUUGCACUUAGGCUGGGGAUGGCUGCACCGGGCACAGGGGGCAGCGAUCAUAGCUGCUGCUGCUCGGUCUAGGCUGUCCAGGCUGUCGCUGGGAACUCUGGGUGAGCACCGAGUUCGGGUCCCCCCAGCGAGCUGCCACUGCCGCAGCUGAAAGGAAUGUCCCCUGUUCUUAAGGACCCUGACUGUUUUACACCAAUGAUUUGCCACUGCAAAGUUGCUUGCACCAACAACACUUUGUCGUUGAUGUUUGGAUGCAAGAAGUAUCGCUACCAAGAUGAGGACGGGCCACACGAUCAUUCCUUACCUCGGCUAACUCAUGAAGUAAGAGGGCCAGAACUGGUGCACGUAUCGGAGAAGAACCUCUCGCAAAUAGAAAAUGUCCACGGAUACGUCCUACAGUCUCAUAUUUCUCCUCUGAAGGCUAGCCCUGCUCCUAUAAUUGUCAACACAGAUACUUUGGACACUAUUCCUUAUGUCAAUGGAACAGAAAUUGAAUAUGAAUUUGAAGAAAUUACAUUGGAGAGGGGAAAUUCAGGCCUGGGAUUCAGUAUUGCUGGAGGGACAGAUAAUCCCCAUAUUGGAGAUGACCCUGGCAUAUUUAUUACGAAGAUUAUUCCGGGAGGUGCCGCAGCAGAGGACGGGAGACUCAGGGUCAAUGAUUGUAUCUUGCGGGUGAAUGAGGUUGACGUGUCAGAGGUUUCCCACAGUAAAGCAGUGGAGGCCCUCAAAGAAGCGGGCUCUAUUGUGCGGCUGUAUGUGCGGAGAAGGCGACCCAUUUUGGAGACUGUCGUGGAAAUCAAGCUUUUCAAGGGCCCGAAAGGUUUAGGCUUCAGUAUUGCUGGAGGGGUGGGGAACCAGCACAUUCCUGGAGACAACAGCAUUUAUGUAACCAAAAUUAUAGACGGUGGAGCUGCACAGAAGGAUGGAAGGUUGCAAGUAGGAGACAGACUACUAAUGGUAAACAACUAUAGUUUAGAAGAAGUGACCCAUGAAGAGGCUGUAGCGAUACUGAAGAACACAUCUGAUGUUGUUUAUCUAAAAGUUGGCAAACCCACCACCAUUUACAUGACUGAUCCUUAUGGCCCACCUGACAUUACUCACUCUUAUUCUCCACCGAUGGAAAAUCAUCUACUGUCUGGUAACAAUGGCACGUUAGAAUACAAAACUUCCCUGCCGCCCAUCUCUCCAGGAAGGUACUCACCAAUUCCAAAGCACAUGCUGGUUGAAGACGACUACACCAGGCCUCCGGAACCCGUUUACAGCACUGUGAACAAACUGGGUGAUAAGCCUGCUUCUCCCAGGCACUAUUCCCCUGUUGAGUGUGACAAAAGCUUCCUUCUCUCAGCUCCCUACCCCCACUACCAUCUAGGCCUGCUCCCUGACUCUGACAUGACCAGUCAUUCCCAACACAGCACUACAACUCGGCAGCCCUCGGUGACUCUGCAACGGGCCAUCUCCCUAGAAGGGGAGCCCCGCAAGGUAGUCCUUCACAAAGGCUCCACUGGCCUGGGCUUCAACAUUGUGGGCGGGGAAGAUGGAGAAGGUAUUUUUGUAUCCUUCAUUCUGGCCGGUGGACCAGCAGACCUGAGUGGGGAGCUCCAGAGAGGUGACCAGAUCUUAUCGGUGAAUGGCAUCGAUCUCCGUGGAGCCUCUCAUGAGCAGGCAGCUGCGGCACUGAAGGGGGCCGGGCAGACGGUGACAAUCAUAGCACAAUACCAACCUGAAGAUUACGCCCGAUUUGAGGCCAAAAUCCAUGACCUACGCGAGCAGAUGAUGAACCACAGCAUGAGCUCCGGGUCCGGGUCCCUUCGCACCAAUCAGAAACGCUCCUUGUAUGUCAGAGCCAUGUUUGACUAUGACAAGAGCAAAGACAGUGGGCUGCCUAGCCAAGGACUUAGUUUUAAAUACGGAGACAUCCUGCAUGUCAUCAAUGCCUCUGAUGAUGAGUGGUGGCAAGCCAGAAGGGUCAUACUGGAUGGGGACAGUGAGGAGAUGGGCGUCAUUCCCAGCAAGCGGAGAGUGGAAAGAAAGGAGCGUGCCCGGUUGAAGACAGUGAAGUUCAAUGCAAAACCUGGCGUGAUUGACUCGAAAGGGUCAUUCAAUGACAAGCGUAAAAAGAGCUUCAUCUUUUCACGAAAAUUCCCAUUCUACAAGAACAAGGAGCAGAGUGAGCAGGAAACCAGUGAUCCUGAACAACACGUCUCCUCUAAUGCCAGCGACAGCGAAAGUAGCUGCCGAGGACAAGAAGAUCUCAUUCUCUCCUACGAACCUGUCACAAGGCAGGAAAUCAGCUACACCCGACCAGUGAUUAUCCUGGGCCCCAUGAAGGAUCGAAUCAAUGAUGACUUGAUAUCUGAAUUUCCUGAUAAAUUUGGCUCCUGCGUGCCCCAUACUACGAGGCCAAAGCGUGACUACGAAGUCGAUGGCAGAGACUAUCAUUUCGUCAUUUCUCGAGAGCAAAUGGAGAAGGACAUCCAAGAGCACAAAUUUAUCGAAGCUGGCCAGUACAACGACAACUUAUAUGGAACCAGCGUGCAGUCUGUGAGAUUUGUAGCAGAAAGGGGCAAGCACUGUAUACUUGAUGUGUCGGGAAACGCGAUUAAACGGUUACAAGUGGCCCAGCUCUAUCCCAUCGCCAUCUUCAUAAAGCCCAAGUCCCUGGAGCCUCUGAUGGAGAUGAAUAAGCGUCUAACAGAGGAACAAGCUAAGAAAACCUAUGAUCGGGCAAUUAAGCUAGAACAAGAAUUUGGAGAAUAUUUUACAGCUAUCGUCCAAGGAGACACCUUAGAAGACAUAUAUAACCAGUGCAAGCUUGUUAUUGAAGAGCAGUCUGGGCCUUUCGUCUGGAUUCCCUCAAAGGAGAAGUUAUAAAUUAGCUCCUGCACCUCUGACAACGGCAGAAGAGCAUUUAGAAGAACAAAAAUAUAUAUAAUAUAAUACUUGGAGGCUUUUAUGUUUUUGUUGCAUUUAUGUUUUUGCAGUCAAUGUGAAUCCUUAUGAAUGUACAACACAAACUGUGUGAAGCCAUGAAGGAGACAGAGGGGCCAAAGGGUGGGACGGGAAGGACAUUGCAGGAAGGCUUUGGUUUGCUCAAAGUACCAGGUGUAGGGAUGAAGCUCUAGCGGGCGCUCUGCCCUAGAGAUGGGCAGCCUUCUCACCCCAGCAGAUGUGCAGAGCUGAUGUCAGCUGCAGAGCUCUCUGUGUUUUUCGCUUUAAGAAAAAUUGCCAGCACUCGAACCUCACCAACCUCCCCCCUACCCACCUCUGUAAUUGGUACACUUUGAAUUUUAUAACUAUGCACAUCCUUUGAUUUCUUAACAAGCAAAGGAAAUAAGGAAACCAGAAAGAGUCCUUCUGGAGGCGACAUACUAUCAGGGGAGGAUUAUGGCUUAGUUUCCUUGGCUAGCGCGUGCAAAGACAAGUGUGUCGUCAAACUGGCAGCGGGUGUGCAGGACUGACCUUACCGAGGAGGGGAUUCCACCUGGACUAGCUUUAUGAUUGUCGACUUUGCCAUUUAUAAGCUGAAAGAUGGCACUAACGAGAAUAAUUUAUACAAUAAAAUAUAUUAAAUGUAUAGAAAUGAAUUUCUAUAGGUUAAAAGUUUUGUGAAAUAUUUUGUAAUGACGAAGAAAACCAUUGAAAGACUAAAUGUACGCACUCUCAGCGGAUGAUCAAGUUUGAAAAUCUGAGGUUGCACUCUCUCCUUUUUUUGCCAAUGACCCAUUCAGAGCAUCAGCGUCCCCCCAGGUCUGCCUAAGACUCCUUCCUCACCCACCUCCCUCAUUGCCAUUCCACUCACACGCUAGCGAUAUGCUCUUAUGGGACACAUCCCUUAAUAGUUACCCUCAUGAUAUUUUUGGAAGAGAUAUUUUUCUGUUACUUUUAUUUAAAGCCAAUUGCUUUUCAGAGACAAACUCACGCAAAUAAUCAAAGGGGGACGAUUGCUUUUCUCCAGUUAAAUAGCCUGAGUCAACCACGUAGAUAGUCAAAUUCAACUUUCGUUCUUAGCUGCUUGCCUACAAUUGAAGAACCAUUCAGUAUUCCGGCAAGCCAGAGUCAUUAGGAUUAUCUUUUCUUUGUUUCACAGAACAACUGGGUGUUUUGUAAACAUCCCAGGUUGGCAUUGCAGGGGGAGAUCUGUCCUAAGAUGCACUAUUUCUCUGAGGAAGAGAAAAAAGAGAAGUUAUCUGGUUGGGAGUGGUGAGGGAUGCACUUUCCUUGUUUAGUAUAUAGGGCAAACCACAAGGCAAGGACAAUUUAUGACUUUGAGCUCAACCAAUUGAACUGCCUUCUUUAGGGCUGCACCUGGACCAAGUUCAUUUUUCUAACAAUUAUGAUAAUGAUGAUUUGGGGGAUUAAAAAAACCCUCCUGAAGCUAUAAGCUGAAACAUAAGAGUUAGCUUCCCACUUUAGCACCGAUGGUGACGUCAGCACUGGUUCUGCCCAAGGUGUUCAGAGAGAGACUUUUUAAGUGUUAUUAAUAACUACUCAUACCUGGGUUCUCUGCAUACCCAGAUUAAGCCCCAUCGCCUUAUUUCUGGGGUACAUCAAGACCUGGCAGGGAUUCUGCCACACUGUGCAGCCAACCAGCAUGCAGGCUGGAGUACAAGAACAAGAGACAGAGCCAUCAGUGAUGGGGCUUCUUCUAAGUUAGAACAUCGGGGCUUACAACCGAGUCUCUUUCCAAAAUCAAGGGUCGUUCAUACCAUCGUCUGCCUAGCUGCAGUCACCAAAACAAACAUUAAAAUACAAAAGUAUGCCUCUUCCUAUAUAGUCUUGAGGCUGCCUUUGCCGAUGGAAGGGGUAUAGCAAGCAACUGUGCUUUUUCUUUCCCCCCUCUCAUAGGAGAGUUGAGUUUUCCAGAGACAGCCUUAGAGCGCUCACAAUGUGAAAAGAUGCAUCCAUAUCUGCCAGCCAUCAGUUUCAGGUCGAGGCCAACUUCCAUCAAGAUUGCUCUCCGGAGUUUUCUGCCACUAGAAUGCCAUUUCCUGAUCCCAGCUCUCUUUAUAGGCCACCAUGAUAACUUCUUUGGUUUCUCCACUGAGCAUGCAACCAUUUUUACCUUAGAGGACUGUCAUUAACGAGUAGAUGUUUUCUCCAGUUGUGUGGUGUGCUUUCCAUUCGAUAGUAUUGCUGUGGCUGAGUACAAUCAAAUUGAACCACAAACCAUUGGUUUUGUAGUAAUAUAAUUAUUUAUUUUCCCAGUGUAGAUGCUUCCAGAUUAGCAUUAGCACUGAUUUUUUAUGUAGAUUUAUAUAAAUAUAUAUACAGAUAUAUUUGCUUGAAGACUCGCCAAGCAUCUUGGUGAGAGGGUCUUUCCUAUAGAGUUCACUCAUCCAUUUUGUUGUGUUGUCUUGCGCUUCCCAAUGUUGAGGUCUCUAUGGCUCCAAGGAACUGGUGUAUUUUGCAGCAAAUCCAACAACAUCUAUGGAAAUGGCAUGAAAGUCACCCAGAUCCCAUCUGGUGCAAAUGCGCCUGGAGCCUUGGGCCAGACUGGUGCUAACACUGCAAACUUUGUCCGGAGCUCUCCCCAAUCUGAAGGCUCGCGGGGGGCACAGUGUCACCUUCUCAUGCUGGGCCCUUUCGGAAAAGUGCCAGAUCGCGUCACUGGUGCUAUUUUUCAUGCUCUGGUACAAUGUGUAGCACCAUGGGGGGUCUCAGCUUUACCAAAACUGAAAUCUCACCUGUCAGCCAAUUAUCGCUGAGGCAUUCAUUUGCUUAUUGCUCUUUUCCAUGAAAGUUGACGGCCUACUCUUGGACGGCCUUUUCUCCCGGACCCAAAUUCAGGGGUUGGCUCUAUCCACUUGGCAAGCCCAUCUAGAUGAAGCUGCACUCAGAUGCCUCUGUGAGCUGUCUUAGAUCCUACUGCCAGCCCUUCAGGACACAGCCAGGGAUGCUCUACACACCUCUGGCUCUCACCUAUUCCUUCCCCUCAUUUUAUCUACGGCUUUCCUUCUCUCAUCUCCUCUGCCAUGUUGACCCUCUUCUAUCCUUCCUGGGUUGUGGGCCUUGCC